UUCAACCCGCUCAACCAAACCUCCUUCGUCCUCUAUUCGGACGGCACCACGCCGAUCCCCUUCAACACCCACAACGUAACCGAGAUGUACCUCCAGGCGACCUCACUCUCCAUCCUCUACGGCACGCAGGUCGGGGCCUGCGUCAUGAUGCUGGCCGUGGUGCUGGGCAUGACGCCGAGCGCGCGCUUUCGGCGGGCGCCGACGCUGGUGAGCAUCGUGGCGCUGGCGCUCAACGCGGUGCGCAUGGUGCUGCUGGCCCUCUUCUUCACGACCACGUGGGUCGACCUGUACGUCCUCGUGUCGCAGGACGCGGCCGUCGUGCCCCGGCGCGCUUUCGUGCUCAGCGCCGCCGCCACCGCCCUCAGCGUGCCCGUGACGGCGCUCAUCCUGGCCGCGCUCUCCCUGCAGGCGUGGUCGAUGCUGCGGUUGUGGAGCGUUGUCUGGAAGGUGCCCGCCGUGGCGGCCUCGCUGGGGCUGGUCGGCUUGACCAUGGGAUUCAGCAUCACGACCACCGUUAUCCAGGUGAGAGCGAUUCUGUUUGCCGACCUGGCUUCCAUCGCCACUUGGGCUCGGCAGACGUAUCUGUGCCUGAUCACGGCGUCCAUAUGCUGGUUCUGUUUCUUGUUCAACGUCCGGCUGGUCAUGCACAUGUGGACCAACAGAAGCAUCUUGCCCAGCAUGAAGGGUUUGAAGGCGAUGGACGUGCUGGUGAUCACCAAUGGGAUCUUGAUGUUCGUGCCGGCUGACUUUUGGUGCUCUUCCGAAACAACCACAACAGUUGUCUUCUCUGGCCUGGAGUUUGGAAACUGGGAACGCUUCGAGCCCGCCUCCAUUACCCAGACCUCCGUCAUUGUCGUCCUCCCCCUUGGCACUCUCGUCGCGCAGCGUCUCGCCAACCCCAGCUGGUUUGGCACCGGA